GUCAUCUGUAGAUUUGACGUUUAUCAAGAUGGAAGUUGUCUGAUGUGUAUUUUUAUUUCUUUUUUCUUUUAAUAGUACAUAAAUAUUUUAUAAUGUUGAGCAAAAAAUAAUUAUUAUGUUAGAUCCACAAUUACAUGUAUGUGGAUAUUCAACAUAUAUGAAGAAAUAUGGCUUCAAAUGGAGAUAGUGGAGGAGGCAGCAAUGGAACUAUUUCCCGAAAUUUUCCUACAAGAGAAUAUGAUUCUCUCAAGCUGCAAAUUGAAAAAACUAACAAUGAACUGAAUACAUCCAGAAGAAGAUGUGAUCAUGCACUUAGUGAUCUAGACUACUACCGCGAGCAGCACAGGGCCGUCAUGAACCAGCUGGAGGUGUCCUCGCAGGACUCCGCCUCGCUGCGCACCAAGUACGCCGAGCUGCUCAACGACCACAAGCAGCUGCAAGCGGACCAUCAGCGGCUGCGUCAGCAAGCGGCGGAGCGCGACGGGGACACUUCCGAGGCGCUCUUCGCCUCCCACUCGCAGGCCCUCUCGAAAUUGGAGAUGGCACAGGACGAGAACGCGAGGCUGGCGAAGCAGUGCGAGGUGCUCGCCCAGGAGAGGGGACAAGCGCAACGGGACGUCGCCGGGUUGAAGCAGCAGCUGGUCAAGUUAUUCAAGGAUAAUGCAAAAUUCAGAGAAGCCCAUCAAAAACUACAGCAACAGUAUGAAGAAGCGGUUAACUGUACUAUAAAAGCCAACAAGGAAGUCAAAAGGCUCACAGAUGAAAGAAAUGCCACCACUGCUGAGUAUACUCUCAUAAUGAGUGAACGGGAUACUGUCCACAAGGAAAUGGAGAAACUAAGUGACGACCUGGCGCAAGCAAUGAAGAAAAUGAAGUUGCUGACGGCGAGCAAUCAAGAGCUGCAAGAAGAAAAACGAAACUUCACCUACCAACUGGAAUCUCUCAGGCGCGAAAUCACUAGCGCCUUGCACGAGCGAGACAAGGCCCUCAGAGAAUGCAACGAACUGCGCGAGAAGUUCGGCGCCUCGGCCUCUGACCAGCGCCACCUGGUCGCCAGCGACCAAACGAAGCGGUCGCGCGGCCGUCACCUGGACAACCUUGCUGGUGGGGGCGGGACGGCGGACGGGGGCGGGGCGCCGGGGGACGGGCGCGGCGGGGAGGCUCGGUCCAUUGGACAGAGGAGGCGGCGGCUGGACAACCUCGAUCAGGCGAACGUCGAGCUGGAGGCGAUGCGGCAGGCGAUGGACGAGGCGCAGGCCGAGUUGGCGGCCGCCUCGCAGGAGGCGGAGGUAUCUAAACGACGCAGGGAUUGGGCGUUUGGUGAAAGAGACAAGAUAGUACAGGAAAGAGAAAGCAUCAGGACGCUUUGCGACAACAUGCGUAAAGAACGUGAUCGCGCCGUGUCGGAGCUAGCCGAGUCGCUGCGCGAGUCUGACGCUGUCAAAAAGCAGCGCAACGAGCUGCUCAACGAGACGAAGGAGCUACGCGAGGCGCUCGACUCGCAUCUGGACUGCGACAGCAACAGACUGCCGUCGCAGGGGGGCUACGACAGGCUGCAGGAGUUCCAGGCGAGGGGGCGCACCGAGGUGGUGGAACUCGAACUCACUGCCACCGACGAGGAGGGACUGGAGUUCGGCGGCGGGAGAGACUUUUCCGGUAACGGCUACGUGUUCGUAUCCUCGGUAGCCUCCGGCUCGACGGCCGAAGGCAAACUCUACCCGAACGACUACAUCCUCAGCGUGAACGACGUCGACUGCAGCCAGGGCUCUCUGCGCAUGGUCACCGAGGCCAUCCGGUCCAGCAUGCCGCUGGCCCGGGUGCUGGUGCGGCGCAACGGCAGCGCGCGCCCCAGCGGUGGUGGCGGUGGAGGGGGGGAGCCGAAGGCCGACCACGUGACCAAGUGGAUACACACGGCGCGGCUGGCGCGCGGCAGUCACGGCCUGUCGCUCAAGAUGGGCGUGUACAUUCAUAGGGUGGGCGAGGGUGGGGUGGCGGCGAGGGAUAAGAGUUUGACGGUGGGCGAUAGGGUGCUCAGGAUCAACGACAAAUCCAUGGACGACAUCGAGAGCUCGCACGACGCCAUGCAGGUGCUGAACGACGAGUCCGCCGACGUCAUCAACAUCACCACUCUGAAGAUGAGCUACCCCGAGUGCCCGAACGUCUUCACUCCCGUCCGGCGGCACAAGAAAGAGAACCGCAGCUCGCAGACCGAGGAGUGGCUCGUGCAGGACUACAAAUACGGUGGCCAGCAGGAGAAGAACAACGGAGGCGCCUGGCUGAAGGAGAAGCUCGACAUGAUGCGUGGUCCUUGGAGGCACUCCAAGGAAGAUAAGAAGAAGUACAGGAACAGCUCGCCGAAUCCCAUCGAUUACGGUCACGAGCAAGCUAUUGCUGAAUUGGAUUUGGUGUUGGAGAGUUAUCAUCAUGGGACGGUGAAGAGACCGGGAGGUGCUGCCAAACGUCACUUCUCGCAAACGAAAGAGGAGAAGAACAACGGGGGCACGUGGCCGAAAGCCAGAGCCGCCCCCGUUCUGACGUCGAACGGCGGCACCGUCGUGACGCGGACCAAAGAGCGGCCGCCCUUGUCGCUGCUGGCGCCCAAAAGCAAUCAGACGCCGGACGGCUACAACUACAGGAAUUCCACGCCCGUGCCGCUGUCGAUUGUGUCGCCGACGUUGCAGACGAACUACGCCAGACAUUCGGUGUACAAGAGCGUCGACACUUCGCACAACUUCGGCCUGCCGAACGACUCGUUCGAGCGACUGAGGACGGCCAACAAUGCGAAUCGGUUGAGCGUCAACAUGAACUCCGACAACAGUUUGGAUUUUCCGGUGCAUCGGUUCGUGGACAAGGAGGUUAUAGCUUACUACAAGAAGAACAAUAGAUCUGGCAUCACGAAAUACGGCUCCGACUCGGAAAGAGACAGCCUGGCGGGCAGCCACCACCCACACGAAUCUGUCGGCCCCGCCCACAUCCGCGGCCACAGCCAACCGUUCGCCUCGUCGCCGCGCGCGCACCACGCCUACCACGCGCACCACGCCCAUCCGCAUCCCCACCACCUGGACAGGUCGCGAGAGAGCUUCAGCUUCGAGCCGAUCCAUCACGUGCACAGCCCGUCGGCGGACGUGGCGGGGGGUAGGCGGGGCGCUGAGGCGGUGGAGGUGGGCGGGACGUUUCCGAGGAAGAAUCAGCGGUUCCGAGUACCGUCGAAUCCGAGCGUGACGAGCAAGCUGAGCACCGGCAGCAUAGAGCGCGGCAGCUCGGAGCGCGGCAGCCCGAUGCCCAUCUUCCACGUGGAGGUGCUGAGCAGCCCCGGCGACCAUUCGGGCAGCGCGAAGGACUGCUGCCCGUGGGGCCACAAGCCGGUGCCCGGCGAACUUCGCAGGGUGCACAUCGACAAGUCGAACGAGCCGCUCGGCAUCCAGAUCAACUGCCCCGACGCUGGGGGGAUUUUCGUGUCGACGGUGAACGAGAACAGUCUGGCCAGUCGGGUCGGGCUGCAGAUAGGCGACCAGCUGCUCGAAGUUUGUGGGAUCAACAUGCGCAACGCCACCUACAAUCUGGCGGCGAACGUGUUGCGGCAGUGCGGCAACUCUAUCACGAUGCUCGUCCAGUACAGUCCCGACAAGUACCACGAGCUACAGGGUGGCGUCGGCUCUUGUUCAGGGUCCACAUCGGAGGAGGAGGAAGAGGAAGAAGAGGAGGAGGAUGAGGAGGAGGAGGCUGACGGAGAGGCGACGCCGUGCAAUUCUCCGAAAGAGGUUAGGAAGAGUUCUUCUCAAAUUAAACCUUCCCAGCUUAUGGUGAUGCAGCGACAAGCACAAAAUGUAUCCGCCAAUGGAAGUUCCAGGAUCGCCGUCGAGGAGCCCCGCUACCUCUGCAUCGAGACCCUGAAAACGUCCAAUCUGGGCAUCUCGCUGGUGGGCGGCAACGCGGCCGGCAUCUUCAUCCACUCGGUGCAGCCCGAUUCGCUGGCGUACCACGCGGGGCUGCGGACGGGCGACCAGAUCCUCGAGUACAACGGCAGCGAUCUGCGAGCGGCCACGGCCGAAGAGGCGGCCUACGAGCUGGCCAAGCCCGCGGAUAAGGUCACCGUGCUGGCUCACUAUCGAAUCGACAAAUACAACGAGAUCAAGGACAAGCCGGGCGACAGCCUGUACGUCCGGUGCGGCUUCGACCGUAGCGGCGACGACAUGACAGAGCCGCCGCAGCUGGCCUUCGCCAAGGACGAGGUCGUCUACGUGGACAACACGAUGUUCAACGGCGUGCCGGGCAGGUGGCGCGCCUGGAAGCUGGACGGCGAGGGGCACCGGCAACAGUGCGGCGUGAUACCCAGCAAGUACAAGGUGGAGGAGGAGUUGCUGCUGAGGCGGGGCGCCGGCGAUCCUGAAGGACGAUCUACUGCAACUGCAAGAAGAAGCUUUUUCAGGCGAAAAAAACACCAAAGAGGUAGUAGCGGGAGUUCUGGUUUAGGAACAUCUAGGGAUUCCAAAGAACUGGCUAGCUUUUGCAAUCUCUCCCCCGGCUGGUAUUCUGAUUCAGGGUCGUUGCACGAAGACCUGUCGCAAUCGUCGUACCAGCGAGUGGAAAGGCUGCAGUACCCGGAGUUCCGGCCGGUGAUAGUGUUGGGCCCGUUGGCCGAGUGCGUGGCCGACAAGCUGGUCCAGGACUUCCCCGACAAGUUCAAUAGGGCGUCGACCGAGUCCCGUAGGUGCUCGCAGGCGCAACUCGAUCGAGAGCUCGCCGACGGGCUGAUCCUCGAGUACCGCCGGCGGGGCUCGUGCUACGAGUGCCUGACCGUGUCGGCGGUGCGGGCGGUCGCCCAGACCGGGCUGCACUGCAUGCUGGACGGCUCGCCCACCAUGGUGGAGAGGCUGCGCAGGCAUCGGGUGCAUCCGGUGGUGCUGCUGGUCAAGUUCAAGAGCACCAAGCAGAUACGCGAGGUGAAGGACGCCAGAUACAGCAUUGACAAGGUGUCCGGCAAAGCUGCCAAGGAGAUGUUCGAGCACGGCCACAAACUGGAGGCGGAAUACAGGCACCUCGUGACCGCCGUCGUGGCCGCCGGCGCCAACGUCGCCCACAUCUGCGCGCAGGUCAAGGCGGCCGUGGACGCCGAGCACAGGCGGAGCCAAUGGGUGCCCACCGCACAGAUGCAUUGAUAGGCCAAUCAGUUUAGCGAUUAAAAUCAAAAAUAGGGAAAAAAUAGCAAAACGUUUUAAACUUUCACAGAAGUUAUAUUUCAGUGUUGAAUGGAACUAUACGAAUUUGCUCCCUCGAACAAGGCCAACAAAAUUGUUGAAAAUGUGAAUUAUAAACAAUUGUGGUUAUUUUGCAGACAAUUUAAUUCAUGUAUGGAAAAUCCCACAAGCCGCGUGAAUUUGUCAUUAUGACAGCGACAAAAGUUUUCCGUAACUUUUCCAGCGACAAUAACGGGACCUAACUUUUGAAAGCAUGACAACCAGCCAUAAACAAAUGUUUUACGAAAAAAAUUGUCUUACCGAAUUACACUUUGGCUUUUUUUUUGUCGAAGUAAACUUGGCAUUUUUAGUUCAAAUUGUGUUGCAAUUAGGUAAUUUAUCUCAAAAACCUGCCAGAAAAAAAUUUCAGAGGCAACAAAAUUCUUAUUGAUACAUGAUACAUGUUGAUACAAAUUCAAAGGACCCCGCACUAAACUAUAGGCAAAAUGGCUCUCGAUGAAAAUCGCUGAAUUUUUGGUAUGUGUUUCCGACAUAAACCUCCAAAUGUCAUUUUUUGAGAAAAAAAGUAUCUGAAAAUGGUUGAAUUUUUGGCAUGUUGUAGAUAGGAAUGAACUGAUGAAAAAAUACAAUUGACCUAACCUCCAAAAAUUGACAGUUUUCUCGAUAUUGACCUCCGAAUCGAAUUUUUUCAAGUAAACAAAUCUCUGAAAAUGGCUGAAUUUCCGGUAUGUUGUAGAUAGUAAUGAACUGAUGAAAAAAUCCAAUUGACCUAACCUCAAAAAAUAGACAGUUUUUCGAUAUUGACCUCCAAGUGUACAUAUGGAAAAUAAGAUUACUGGAACAAUAAUCAAUAGACAAAGUUGCAGUUUUCGAAUCAGUAUUUGGCAUUUCAUUCUUCUAUAAACAAAUCGUCUCCAUAUGAUACAUCUACAGGUGAAGAAAACCGAAGAGAGGAAGUAAUGAAAUAAAUAUUAUUUAAAAUAUGGUUAUAUAGUUUCCGAAAUCAAUGGGGUUAUAGGUAUCCACAGUAGUCGAAUUUAUGCCAUAUAUCUAUUUUAUUUUGAUCAUUCCAUUUAUUAUAAAAGUAUUCGAUACACUCAAUCAUUCAUAAUCACCUCUCAGCAACACUAUAUAGCCGCCGAUGACGUGACAUUGACAUACCGAUACCGAUAAAAACUUUAAGAUUUUUAUUGCUCAACAACCAAUGAGAAUAUUUCCAAAUUCUUCAUAGAAUUGAGGAUUUAUUUCCACAGUAGGAGUGGAGUAUUGUGUACUGAAGUAUACACAAUACAUAAAUAGUAUCGUAUAGUAUAAUUGCAACGGAUUGAUCGCGGUAUAUGACGUCAUCACGCGUUGUCCUGCAAUUUUCAUGUUAUGAAAUAUCGUGAAUUUCAAUAAAUAUUUACAAUAUGUAAAGUGAUCUGAAGAGAAAACGGUUCGCGACAUUGAACAAAAACUUUCAAUUUUUUGAGGUUAGGUCAAUUGGAUUUUUUCAUCAGUUCAUUCCUAUCUACAACAUACCAGAAAUUCAGCCAGUUUCAGAGAUUUUUUUUCAUGAAAAAAUUGCAUUUGGAGGUCAAUAUCGAGAAAACUGUCUAUUUUUGGAGGUUAGGUCAAUUGGAUUUUUUCAUCAGUUCAUUCCUAUCUACAACAUGCCAAAAAUGCAACCAUUUUCAAAUACUUCUUUUUCUCCAAAAACUGACAUUUGGAGGCCAAUAUCUGAAAAACUGUCCAUUUUUUGAGGUUAGUUCAAUAGAAGAUCUGUUCAGUAUAUCAAAGUCUGAGACAUAACAAAAAUUCAGCGAUUUUCAUCGAGAGCCAUUUUCCUUAUAGUUUAGUGCGGGGUCCUUUGCCAUCCAACUGAUUGAUACAGCCUAACUCAGCAAAUUUCCCCAUCCUUCCAAAACAGAAUUGAAUAAUGUCGUAUUAAGAUCAAGUAUGAAAUUGAAAUUUUGUAAGAUCUCUUUAACGCCUAUGAAUGUGACGUGACAGCAAUGUCAUGUCAGGGACGACAAUUCACGAAACCAAAGUCACUAGAUGAUAAAAAGAGAAAGGAGCUAUGAUCUGUCAGUACCCCGUUAGAUGACAAAUACGUCAGUUUUCAUCAAGGACGCUAUCCAUAACCAAAGUAAAAUAAAAAAUAUGUUGCGGUCAUCGGCGGAGGUGGCAAAUUCUCAUCUCUUCAAGUUUGCCACUCUUUUAGAUUGUUUUCGGACGAGUUAUUAAUAAAAGUAUAGGUCGCGUGCACGAAGACCGACCCUGGAGGCAAAAUAUUGAAACACAACCUCAUUCUUCUGUGAAUUAUUGAAACACAACCUCACUUUUUUAUUUGGUUACAGAGGAAUCAAAAGGUUGAAAUAGUUUUUCACAAUAUUUUGGCAUACGAAUCGUGUUUCUUGCGUUAUUCAUUAAUUCAAGCAUGCCUUCGCAUUGUGCUGUUGUACAAUGCACAAAAAAUGCAGCAAGAGACUAGGGAAUAUGAUUUUUCAGGUAAAUAGUAAUCUCACAUAGUUAGCAUUAUGAAAUGUUGUCAUUCCUUAUUAAAAUUCCUUCUGCCUUCUGCCACUUCUGCAAUACAAGCUAAUGCUGCUAAUAGAUUGAAAAUGUCUACAACACACACGAUCGUCAGCAUGUCAGACCAGUCCUACCGAUUGAUUGCAUGAAUCCAAUCUUCUUGCAUUAUUCUAGAAAUUUCAGGUAUAUUUCUAUUAGCUGAUCCUAUUGCAGAAGAAAUUCCGAUGAGAAAUCAGAGAAAUAACCAAAUUUCAAAAAUGAAAACUAUGUGAGUGACUAUAGUAGGUACUUACUUUUGAAUCAUAAUGUACUAUCCGGAUUUCUUCAUCUUCCGCUGCAGUUUGUGUGCAUUUCACAACAGCACAAUGUGAUGGCAUUAGCGAAUUGAUGAAUAGCGGAAAAAUACGAUUCAUAUGCCAAAAUAAUUGUGGAAAACUAUUCCGAUCACUUGUAAACAAAUAUGUUUUGCCUCCAGGGUCAGUCAUCUGACAGUUCUUGCACGCGACCUAUACAUAAUAUAUUUACUGUGAUGCCACACUUGGAAAUGGAUAUUUCCUUUGUUGCGACUCUUUUGCAUUUUUUCUCUGCAAAAUAACCAAAAUUGUUUGUAUUGACAUUUUUAACAAUGUUGCCGGCCUUGUACGAGGAGGCAAAUUUUUAUAGUUCCAUUUAACACCAAACUACAACUUCUGUGAGAGUUUGAAAUGGUUUGCUAUUUUUUCUCCAUUUUUGCUACAGUGUUGUUGUUUUCGUCGCGGCGUGUUGAUGCAGGCGAAUGGUCCAAUUGCGUUGCAAUGGAUCCAGUAGUCGGUUUCAUCAGCGCGUUCCCCAUGUUUGAAGAAAAUAUACUGGGUGUAAUAUAAGUAUGCCGAGAUUUUUAAAUAACGUUUUCAUGAGGCCAUUUUGGGUAAAAAAAGUCCAAGAUAAGGAUGUCCAUCGUGGGGUGAAGUUGAUGAUGGUUUCUCCGAAACGAAACGUCGUACGUGGAAGCUCUCAACGUUGUUUUGUAGAUUUUGAAAAGUGGCAGUGAAAAAAUGUGUUUUUUCCAUAUCUCUUCAAAUAACGUGAGAGACAUCCUUAUCUUUGACACAGUGCAUAAGUUCAUUUCUGGAUAUUCUAUUCGGAGGUAAGGUGUAAAAAUUGAUAUAUUUUUUUCGUUCUUUCAAAAUGACUACAAAACAUUUUUUAGCACAUUGUUUGGUAUCCAUAGGUGAGAAAUCAUAUUUUAAUUUUCAUUUAGCACUUCGAGGGCAAUACUUACGCUGUUAUUAUUCAUUUGAAUUUGCUCCGUACUAUUUUGACAGUCACCUUGUCAAUUUUCUUGAGGAAAGAUUGCAAUAAUUUUAUUGAAUAGAAAAAUGGAUACUUCCUCAACAAUGCUGGAGGUGAUCGUUCUCGAGACAUUCACAAUGUUUUAUAUCAAUUUCAACACUCUAUAUACAAAGCAAAACAUUUCCGGAUACGAGUUUAUUUUCCUUCAAGUGGUUUCAGGAUAUGUCAGCCAAAUAAUUUAAUAUCCCUUUUUUACACCCUGUAUACAAUGUGUGCGAUUUCAACUCGCAACACCCUCGUAAUUUGGAAACUGUUGACUGAUUUUUCACAGAACAAAUCUGAAAUAUUCAGAUUUUCAAGGCUUUCUAUUGUUUCUGAAGGGGUCAAAAUCUCAAAAAUAACCAUAACGCAAUUUUUUCUUGAUAAAUGAACGGCCUAUUCAAUUCUGGCAUAACUGGAACACCCCCAUACAAAGUUUCAUCAUAACAGCUUAGUCACCAAAACAUCAAUAAAACUAAAGUUGAGGUUCACCAUUUUGAAAACUCAAGAAAACCGUUUAUCACGCACUUCCCUAAACACUUACUCUCGUGGAAUAUUUCAAUGAAUUACAUUCGUGCAUAAAAUUGACCAGAUAAUUUCCUAUUCAAGCGUUUUAUUUUAUGCAAAUUGCAUUCGGUUAUUUUCAUAAUUUUAGAUAACACGCUUUCUUGCAAAAUGAUCGGUAAUGUUUAUGCAUUUUUCAUCUUGAUUGACAAAGAGCUGUCGAAAGGUCUGUAGCAAAAAAUACCAGUAAAUAUAAUUUCUAUCUACUACUAGGACGAUGAAAAAAAUUGAUUGAAAUAUGUUAAUUUCAAAACACACACUUCCUGCGCAAUAGCAAUAGAUAGCAAAAAAUCGAAUCAACUAAGAAAUAUAUGUUUUGUCUCACACCGAAGCAGAAUGUGAGCAGAAUGCAAUAAUAUAAUAUAUUUAUUCAAUUGAAAGAUAUCGAAAAAAUAUUCAAUACUACUUUAUAAAUUCAAUGUAAGCCCGUUUUCAUAGUUUUUUUCAAUGACAUUUAGUAUUAUUCAACUAAACAUAUUACGUGAUAUAUAUUAGUUUUAUUUCAGUAAGGUAUAGUAAUUUUGAAAAAACAUUUAUAUUUCAUUAUAAUGGCCGGGUGCCCCAUUUCAAUCCAUAAUUAUUUUCAAUUCGGGGUUUCAACUUUCAUAUUUGACAAAAUUCAAUGAAAAUUUCGUCAUUUUCAAUUAUUUUCAGGAACAUGAUCAAAAAUAUCGUAUAAGUACACUUUAAAACAAACAAAAAUUCACCCCGAUCUCAACUCAAUAAAAUGUACUCAAAUAAUUAAUUGAACUAAUGGCAACGUCGAAUACUAAAGGAUCGAUGUUCACCCGACGGCUUCUCUGCGAGUACUAAAAUGAAUAAGGUGAAUGUCGUGCGACGUUGUCAGUUUAUUUAUGAAUGGGGAAGACCACUGAGGAAAGAAAUCCGUGCAAACCUCUUUCAAUCAACGAAUCAUGAUUUACAUUUCAUGUACAAUCAAUAUUAUGAGUUGAAGGGAAUCGAAUCUAUAUCGUUUUUGAAAUCAGCAUAUUUCAUUCGUUAUUUCGAAGAGCCAAAUAUGAUGGUGGAGCUGUGACGUAUUAGUCCCGAACUGUAGUUAUCUCUCUCUGAUACCUCGUCAUUCUGCAGUGUUGCAGUGUAAUUGGUCAGUUCAAGGACAAUAGGCGUGUUGGGACUGAGACGUCGCACCAGUCACACCAAUGAAUUGAUGAAAUUUCAAAUGGCGCAGGAAUUGCGUGUUUUGAAAUGGACAUAUACUAAUUUAUUUUUUUCAUCGUCUUAGCAUGAAUGAAAAAAUUCAAAAUUAAUUCACUGGUAGUUUUUCAGUAUAGAGUUCACGAUAAUGUCGUUUUAAAAAAUCAGUGGUCUUCCCCAUUGCUAUUUUACAUCAAGUCGUUGUCGCGCCACUGACGCAUAAAUGGAAGUGGUCUGAGAGAGACGGAAAGUACUGUGUACUUUGUCAGUGAUGACGCUUGUGUAAAUUUCUUAGUUGAUUCGGUCUUUACAGUUCGGGCUUAAUACGUCACGGCUUCACCUUCAUAUCUGGUUUCUUGAAACAUUCAAUGGAUUUCGAAACGCUAUAGAGUCGAUUCCCUUCAAUUCAACUUAUAAUAUUGAUUGUAAAUUAAAUGUUAAUCAUCAGCGAUCUUCCCCAUUGAGCUCGUUGAUUUUUGUUUCGGAAAAUAAUUCAACAGGUUCGAAAUUAUUAUGGUGUUAAGUGUUUAAAUCGCACUCAGACAUAGAGAAAAACUAGGUACCUACACAUUUUUUUUUGAGCAGCAGUUUAUUCUAAUUCAAUCGGAAUAUUCAAUUAAUGUAUCUUCUGACUACCCUGUAGGCGACAAGACGGCAAACUUGUAUGACUGCAAUGUGUUUAAUUUUAACUGAAAAUCGAAAAACAUCGAGAUUAUUUUGCUUUAACUUUAGCUAAUAAUAAUUUUGCAUAACAUUUCAAUUUAUAAUAUUUCCGAAUAUGUUCAGCUUUGGUUUGGGUUUUUAUUUAUAAUAUUUACUAGAUCGAGUAUUAUAGCAGACAAAGAAAAACUGAAAUAUACGUCAAUAAAAUGUGAUAGUCGAAGUCCAAUAUCAGAAUUGUAUUCGUUUAUACAUUCAUACAUUGUAAUGAAUAUAAAAUAUGUGAUAAACAA